AGUGAGUUGUCAACUGGCAAAGCACCUGUGAUAUUUUUCGACAGGCAAAUAAUGUAUCAUCCCACAGAUCCGGCUGGGUGUCGCUACAAGUGCAUAUUUAAUCACGAUAAAGAACAAUUGGGCAAGGGUGAUGUUGUGGUGUACUCUGUGAAGUUUUCUCCUGAGGAAGCGCGAAGCCUCAAACAACGAGGCGUACUGAUCGUGUUCGAGUCAGGUGAAUGCCCUUACCUCAUGCCAUCUCUGAAAAACUCGCAGCUGAGUCAAAUCGACAUGUUUAACACGUAUAUGGCGGCUUCACCUGUACCCUACAUGUAUCCCCACUUCGUCCGCAACACAAAACCCAGAUUAAAAUUCACCGACGAAGAGAAAUCUGCGAUGCUGGCAAAAAACAACACUUACCUGCUGCCUCACUAUCACAAGCAGAGAACAAAAUUAAUUGCCUGGGUGGUCUCCAAUCAUUCGCCACAUAACAACAGAAAGAAGUAUGCAGAGGCGAUUGCAAAAUUUGUUCCGUUCUUGUGA